CAUUAUCUCCACCAUAACCUUUCAUUUUCAACCCUUUUACCCUCUCUCUCUCUUUCCACCUCACAUAAACACACGCUCACAUUCUUUCCCCUCUUUAUAUUAUUGCUUCCAACCACCUUAAACACACACACACUCCAAACUCAAAAAACAGAGCAAAACAGAGCAAAUCACUCUACACCUGUUUCACCAAUACAAUGGAUCAAGAAUAUCACUUCAAGAGGAACCAUGUUCCAGCAUUUGGAAGCUGGGAUUGGAAUGAUAAUCUACCAUUCACACAGUGCUUUGAAUCAGCAAGACAAGGUGGUUUUUUACACUAUACUUACUCAGAGACUAAUCAAGAUCAAGAUCUUUAUGUUACUGGUGAUUUGUAUGAUAAUCAUGUUGUUACUCCUGCAAUGAUUGUUGUUCCUCGUAGAAGGGAAAAGGUACGUUCCCAACAUGAAAAGGAUAUGAAAAAGCAAAAUUGGGUAAAGGAACCACCAAGCCCAACUCCAAUGUCAAGACCAACACCAAAGCCUGUUGAUGAAGACUUAUACAAAAUUUCACCAGACCUUCUUUAUAUCAAAACUAGGAAGAAGAGAGGGAUGUGUUUCUUUUCAAGUUGCUUUUGUAUUGCAUGAGACAUGAAAAGUUGAGUGGCCAAUGUAUAUACAAGUGAUUAAAUGGAGAGAUUAUUAUUAAUUAUUAAUUAGUAGAUAGAUACUCUCUUGGAUGAUAUUUUAUUUGAAAGCACAAUAUUUAAAGGACCAAGAAGAUUAUCAUAUUUAAAUAGACACAUGAUUAUUGUGCUAAGGUCUUGGUUUUUAUUUUAUUUUUUUCUUUUUAACUUAAACGGUUUGUUUGUAAUUUAAAUUUUAGUCUUUGAUGUACUUUGGAAUGUAUCAUUGCUUGGACUUAAACUUUGUUUGUAAAAGCUCUGUUACCAGAAAUUAAAGGGAAAAAAAAAGGGUUAAAAGGUAGUAA